CAGCAUGUCCGGCAGCGGCCCGGGAAGGCCGGCGGAGGUGGCAGAGUGGCUGGCACGUCCGUUCGAUGACUUGUUUGGAAGCACAGGCACUGCCCCCUGCGCAGUUGCUGCGAGGAGAGGCGGCUCCGGCAGAAGCCGUCGGCAGGAGCAGAGAGCCCCGAGCCCCGGGGCAGAGAGCAGCAAGGCCGCAGCUCCUCCCCGGAAAAGAACAAAGCCCUGCGCCGUGGAUCCGCCCCGUGCCAAGCCCGGGCGGAGGCGGAGCCAGGCCCGGGAGGAGCUGCCGUGGGUGGAGAGAUACCGACCCGAAACCCAGAACGACCUUGCGGUGCAGAAGAAGAAGAUUGAGGAAGUUGAAACCUGGUUAAAAAAGCACAUAUUUCAGAGGCAGCCAAAGCAGGGUGGCUCUCUCCUGCUGCUGACUGGCCCUCCUGGCUGUGGAAAAACUGCAACCCUGCAAAUUCUAGCCAGAGAUCUUGGCCUUCAGGUGCAAGAAUGGACCAACCCUCUCUCUUUAGACUUCACAAAGGAGGACUUGAGAAAUAUGUUUGGCCGUGACUCGAAUUUUCAUACAUUUCCGAGUCAGGCCCAAGCAGCUCUCUUUCAAGAUUUUCUGUUAAGAGCAAAUAAAUAUAACAAACUUCAGAUGCUUGGGGAGUCCUCAGAAAGUGACAAAAAGCUUAUUCUUGUUGAAGACAUUCCUAACCAAUUCUACCGAGAUCCUGGUAGCCUGCAUGAAAUCCUCAGGAGUUUCGUUCGUACGAGCAGGUGCCCCCUGGUCUUUAUAAUCUCAGAUAACUUCAGUGGAGACAGCAGCCAGAGGUCACUAUUCCCCCCAGAAAUUGUAGAGGAGUUGUGUAUAUCCAAUAUUAGUUUCAAGCCCAUUGCACCAACAAAUAUGAUGAAAGUUCUCAAUCGAAUAGCUGCAGCAGAAGCCAGUAUGAACAGAGAGAAGAAUUACACCCUUGAUAAAGCUUCUCUGGAGUUGCUUUGCAGAGGUUGUUCAGGUGACAUAAGAAGUGCAAUAAACAGCCUUCAGUUUUCGUCUAUGAAAGACUGCUCAUUGGAGAAAGAAUUUUGGUCAAAGAAGAAGAAGAGCUCCACAAUAAAAUGUGAGGAAGCAGGAGUAUCCAAAGUAAGAAGGAAAAGUAAAUGUGAUACCUCAGAAUACCAGGAGAUACAAGCUAUUGGUGGCAAGGAUGCAUCCAUUUUUCUUUUCCAUGCUCUGGGGAAAAUUAUUUAUUGCAAAAGAGAAGCAGUGUCAGAAGCAGAGUGCCCUCAGCUGCCUGCGCACCUGUCCGAGCACCACCGGGACACCUUGCUCAUCCAGCCCGAGGAUAUUGUGGAAAAAUCACAUAUGUCUGGAAGCAUGUUCAAUCUAUACCUUCACCAGAACUACGUGGACUUUUUUUCUGAUAUAGAUGAUGUAGUGAGAGCCAGUGAAUACUUGAGCACUGCUGAUGUCCUUUGUAGUAACUGGAGUACACGGCUUGUGAUGGAGAGCUACAGUGCCUCCGUGGCUACCCGGGGGGUGAUCCACUCCAACACGUCCAGAGCCUCUGCCCAGCAGCAGGGGGGCAUGGGGUUCCGACCCUUGCAUAAACCCCAGUGGUUUUUGAUCCAUAAAAAGUAUCAGGAAAACUGCCUUGCUGCAAAAUCUCUGUUUUCAAGCUUCUGUUUACCACCUGAGUGCCUUCAGACAGAGCUGCUGCCUUAUCUUGCUAUGUUAGCAAACCCAAUGAGAAACCAAGCUCAGAUUGCUUUUAUCCAAGACGUGGGGAGGCUGCCACUGAAAAGACAUUUUGGGAGGCUGCGGCUGGAAGCGCUGGGCGACAAGGAGCCCGGGCUGCCGGAGCCGUGCCAGGGGGACGAUGGCGAGGCGCUGCCCUCCAGCCAGUCCAGCGGCAGCGACCUGCCCGGGGGGGGGGGGGGGGGGGGGGGGUCCAGCGGCAGCGACCUGCCCGGCAGCCAGCCGCAGCCCAUCGCGGCCCAGGCCAUGCUGGAGGAGGAGGAGCUGAGGAUCGAGGAGUACGACAGUGACUGAGAGAGCGGGGCACGCCCCGUGCCGUGCCCGCGGGGAUCCCGGCGCUGCAGGGAGAGCGAGCUCUGCCCAGCAGCGCUGCCGAGCCGUGCACGGGGCUGGGAGCCCAGGCCAGAGCUGCUGUGAGCGUCCUGGCGGCUCCUCCUGGCUCUGCAGGGCCAGCUCAGCCCAGCGCUGAGGUACAAGCUAUUUCCUGAGCCAUGGAACCGCCUCAGGGCGGUCACAAGAGACAAAUAAAGGACUGAAAGCAGUUUGAAAGAGACUACAGAUCAGCGGUCUCAGUCUUAAAUUAUUUUUAUGUUUACACAUUUUAAUAUACUUGGCAAUUGUGCAGUGUGUUUCCUGAGGACACGUUCUGUAAGUUGUCAGCAUUUGAAGGGUUUAUUCAAAUUCACACUUGCAAAAAAACCUGCUCUUUGGAGGUUUAGCCCUUCUGGAAAGAAGAGGCUGAAAUUUACACCUGAAAAUCUGAUGUCCCAUACUGGUGAUGUUAAGAAAACUACUGUAUUAACACUGUUUUGUACUCUGAUUUACAGAAGACAUAAAUAAGAUCUUCAUGUCUUUAUAAGUGGAACUAAUGUUGUAUUAUGGAUUAUUUUGUAUUCCUCUUGGAGAGAUAUUUUCAUAACUUUUAGAGUGGAGAAGGCAGCAAUUAAGCCUAAGUUAGACUUUGUAGGAGGUUAAAUGUCUGCUGUGGAGUUUUUCUCCUUGGCUGGCAGUUGCGCUGGGGGAAACACUGAUCCUGUGUUUGGUAACUGGCACCUGAUGGAGUGCUGUGGUUACACAGCAGGGAGGGAAACAAGUCAAACAGCUCUCUGUGAUGCACGUUUGCAUUUCUGUAUUGCUUGCAGCCAGUUUAGUGAGGGAAAACACAUGGUUAUCCACCCUGAUCUUGGAUUAAUGCUAUUGAAGAGUCUGGAUCUGUCCUCUCUCAAGGGACAGGUGUAG